UCAAUUCAUUUCACGUUUAAAAACCUCCAGCAGUUACUAUAUCUAUCUAACUUCCCAUAUUCAAUAGAGGUUAACAAAUUGAAAGCACCGUUACAACAAUUUUCUGCUCUCCAUAUUACAUCAAUCGCAGAAGUUGAAAAAAAAAACCAUGGAGUUUCCCUCAACUUCACAACUAACUUCAUACAACGACAUCUCGCAACCGCCCACGUCCACCUCUGCCUACUUCGCUCUAGAUUGAAACCCGCAGAACCUGCAACUGCUGAUUUCGCCAUCGUAUCCCCAACGCCGACGACUACACCACCGCCGCGCAUCUACGAUGGAAACAAGGUAUGUCGUCUUUCGGUGUCGAUUUAGUUUAACUGAUACUGGCUUUUGGUUCUCGAUGGAAAUAGAUAGAAAUAUGUGAAGGGAGAUUAUUAUGGUGCUGUCUCUUUUUUUACUCAAUGAGUGAAAUCGAUUUUGGUGAGAAAGAAACUGAGGAAGGAGAAAUCAAAAAAUUCACUACGGAAGCAUUAGACGCCGCCACCACUGAUGUUGCUAGGAUACAACAUCUUUGGAGGAAAAGAAGGUUAGAGUGAAGGGGCUUGGGAAGAAAAAACAGGAAGGAAGAUCUAUCUAUGGUUUUUACAUUGGCGAGUACACGGGUCAUAUUCUUGGCAUUUGGUAGUUCAACAUGUGUUGGACCAAUGUUUUACACCAUAAGCUUUGCUUAUUUAAAUGCGUUGAAUUCAGGAUUAUCAUAUCCAGUUGCUUCAGCUUCAGUUAAAGUACUUCAACGCUUAUGGAGGAACGACUUGGCAGCACUAAAGGUUUGGAAUUCACAAGAGUUGGCCCUUCGAACCACCAGCUGUGAGAUGUCGUCGAUUCAGUCUUUCUUUGAUUCCUCUUUCAUAAUUUAUAUUGGUUCACGUGUUAUCAUUAUGCAGGUCAGCUUAUUGAAGGGAGUUUAUUUCGGUUGGGGUUGCAUUUGAGGAAAUAGGAGAGGUAUUCUGUUAUAUUUUCCUGUCAAUUUCAGUUACAAAAGUUAGUCAUGCAAUUAUAGCAUUGUCAUCACUUCUAUUAGAGCUUCUGUUGCAAAACCAGAAUCAGAUGAACUAACUUCUGUUAAAAGAUAAAUGUAAGCUGAAUCUUUCAAUUCAACACCUGUAUAUAAUUUUGUGAAUUUUGAUUUGACAUGAGAUAGGGUAUAGUAUAGUAUAUUCAAUUCAAUUCAAUUCAAUUGUAUAUUGUAUAGUAUACUACAGAUUCAUAUACAUUUCGCAGAGUUAGAAAUUAAGCGCGUGAAAGAGAUUGCAGAAUGAAGAAGACAACCAAACGGUCAUUCUAAUUAUGGAAUUGAAAUUUAUCUUGAUUUGUUAUUGUUGUUAUUUUGUUAAGGGUGAUGGAGCAGAGAGAACGGUGAAGAAGGUGAAAUUGUCCAAGGAUCUUACCAUUCCUCGCCAUACUUUUUUAUUUUCAUUUUUGUUCUAUAGCUGAUACAAUAAUGUUAUUAUGUGUAGGUGAU